UGGCAAUCUUUUGGUGAAGUAAAACAGGGAAAAAAGCUGAAAAAAAAGAAAGGACCCUAAAGCUUAAUUUUCAGUUAAUUGGCUUGUAUUCAAAAUGUAUGCAGUAUGUUGGUAAUUUAUAACGUUCUGGCUAUUCACAUUGUAAUAUGGAUACUGAAUUAGAAUGUAUUACUUCAUAAAUUGCAGUUCAGUUCUGUUGUUGUAUAAUUUAACUUUGAACCAUGUAUAUUUUGAGUCUUAUUAAAAAUAAAUGCGAAUUAGGAUUCCAUGCCUUUGUCUUUUUAAGGUGUCAUGGAAAAACUUGGGCUUGGUCCAGAGGUCCUUCUACAGGAGAAUCCCAGACUCAUCUAUGCUAGACUUACUGGAUUUGGCCAGACAGGAAAAUACGCCAAGUCUGCAGGUCAUGACAUCAAUUAUUUGGCUUUAUCAGGUGUGCUGUCAAAGCUGGGUAGAAAAGAUGAAAAUCCUUAUGCACCUGUAAAUCUUCUGGCUGAUUUUGCUGGUGGAGGUGUCAUGUGCGCAAUGGGCAUUGUUACAGCCCUUUAUGAACGUACCAAAUCUGGUAAAGGGCAGAUCAUUGAUGCAAGUAUGGUAGAAGGAGUAGCAUACCUAAGUUCUUUUCUGUGGAAAUCACAAAAUUUGGGACUUUGGAACAGACCUCGAGGUGAAAACCUGCUAGAUAGUGGUGCGCCUUUUUAUGAAACCUACAAGACCUCCGAUGGAAAAUUCAUGGCUGUUGGUGCCAUUGAGCCUCAAUUCUAUGGGCAGUUAAUAAAGGGUCUUGGGCUAGAUUCAGAUAAACUUCCCAAUCAGUUGAGUUUCUCCGACUGGCCCAAAAUGAAGAAAAAAUUUGCAUCCAUAUUUGCACAGAAGACACAAGCUGAGUGGUGCAACAUAUUUGAUGGUACUGAUGCCUGUGUGACCCCUGUUUUAUCCUUUGAUGAUGUUGCCUCACAUCAGCAUAACAAACAAAGAAGUUCUUUUAUCAAAAAUGAUCAGGAAGAGAUAAGUCCUAGACCUGCUCCUCUUCUAUCAAGGACCCCUGCUGUUCCAUCGUUUAAAAGAGAUCCUUUUAUAGGAGAACACACAGAAGAGAUACUUCUAGAGUACGGCUUUACUAAGCAAGAGAUUACUAAACUUUAUUCUGAUAAAGUAAUAGAAUUCAAUAAACCAAAAGCUAAUUUAUAAUCUCUAACUAUGCAGAUCAGACAAAUUUCAGGCUGAUACAGUAUGUUUUUAUGCAUUAAAAUUGAAUUGUAUGACAAAUGUUUGCAUGAUACAGCUUUGAAAGAAUUUUUUAAUAAAUUAUUGCAGUUUUAAAUUUAAUUGAAAACAGUGGGAAUUAUGUACUUGUGUACCCAGAUGGUCUGCAGUCUAGAAUGAUACCAAAAUUGUGUUCUGAAGAUCUACACGGUUUGAAAAGUAAGCAGCUGUAAAUCCUCAAAAUAUUUCUUUAAAUAUCAUAUCCUGUGAAAUGUUUGUUUCUUUUAAUUCUUAGUUACACUGUUGCUUUGCAAUAUAUGUUGUAAUUACAUAAAGGCAAUACUUUUCAUAAAAUAUCGAUAUAUUCUUCCUAAAC